AUGAAACGAUCUAGUAAUAAUUACCAAUUUGAUCCUAUUGUUAAUAAAUUUGCAUCAGUUCUCAACAUAUUAGCUGGAAAUAAUGCCUAUGAAUUCAUUCGACUUAAUUUACCAGGAUCUCUACCUUUCACUACAAUAUUAAAAGCUUAUAAUCAAGAUAUUAAUUUGCAAUUAAAAGAAUCUGACUUUCGAUUUAAUUCUCUCAAAGAUUAUUUAGAAUUAAUUGAUUCAAAUCAUGUAUUUGUAUCCGAAGACUCAACUGGAGUUGUUAGUUCCGUAUCAUACGAUAGUAAAAACAAUGGUUUUAUCGGAUUUUCUCCUCGAUUAGUUAAUGGUGUACCUUUGGUCGAUCAAUUUCAAACCAAUAGUUACACCGAAUUACAAAAAUGGUUUGAAGAAUUUGAUAAAUCUUCGUUAAUCGCUGUGAAUUUAAUCGAACCUAUAUUAAAAAAUCUUUCAUCACUAAUGUUCUUAGGAAAUGGAUGUAAAACAAAGAAUAUCAAUAUUGUUGGUUUUUCAGCUGAUGCUGAACCGCGCAACUUAAAAGCCAUGCAGUUAUCGUUAGGAUUUUUCACUAAAACACCAAAUAUCGAUUUAAUAAGUGGAAAUAAUACUUUACUUAAAAUUAAUAUUGAAUCAUAUUGGAAUUUCUUUUUUAUAAGACCAGUUCAACCAUAUCUUUGUAUGCAAGAUGGCAUACAUCUUGUAACAAAAAUUCGAAAUCGUUUAUUAUCUGAAACAGCAUCUAUGUCCAUUAAUAAUCAAGAAAUUGAUGUUAACCCUUUAUUUUAUCUAAUUCAGAAUUGUCCGAAAAUUGAUCAUAAUCUCGUGCACUCAGAUGUUUUUCCUCAUGAUAGACAAAAUUAUUCUUCUUGUUUGAAAAUAACAUCUGAUGACGUUUUAAAUCUAUUAAAAGAUAUAAAUGCUUCAGCUACUUAUGUAUAUUUAUAUUUAUUAAAAUUAAUAAUUCUUACUUAUGUAAAAGCUGAUACUGAUAUCCUUGCACGUUUAUACUAUGGUUGGAUAGUCACUUUCUCAUAUCGAAUGUGGUGGUAA